CAUAUCCAUUUUACUUUAAUCUCUCGUAAUAAAACUUUUUCUCUUCAUUAUCGCUGUGUUCUCACAGCGUUACCUUCAAUAAUAGCUGGUUUUGAAUGCUUAUUUUUGUCUGGGGCGUACCAAUACCUAAAAGGAACUCACUAGUGACUAGACAAUUGUUGUAGUUCAAGAAAUAUCAUCGUCAAGGAAGGUAUAAAAUUCAUCGUCACGCUGGAUAUAGUCUUCUUGCGGUAUCGGCUUUGGUGAAUGAGUGUUGAACUUGGCAAAAUCAGCAAAUUACUAAAAAAUUCUAAACGUCCUGGACUCAGGAUCAUUUGAUCAACAGUCAAGCCCAUCAUUCCGGGCUUUACAACAAAAUCAAGGUCAAAAGUUUCCUUGCUCUAGUGCAGUACCCAAAAAGUUUACAAAAAAGUUCAAAAGUUUCUCUUACUUUGUGCUGUGUACGUAUAAAAAAUCAAAAAAGUUCAAUAAUAGUAAAAAGAAAAAUAUAUAUGAACUCAGUUUGAUGGAAAAAAUAUCGGAAAAGAGUAACAAGUAAAGUUUGUUUAUAAAAUUAACAAGUUCGAGAAAAAGUUUAUUGAUGAUUCAUUACGUAUAAAUGUUUACGUUAUUGUUAUGUGAAAGUAGUAAUCUACAUGUCAAGUUCACGUAAAAAUCGUUUAAGUACAAAGAAUGUAAUAAAAUAAAGAAAAAAGUCCAAAAGUUUUUUUGAUGUGUCGUAAAUUAUCCGAAGUGUCACGGAUAGCGCGCGUCGCGUCCUCAAGAACAAGUACUGCACGAGCACUUUUCGACACAGGCUGAGAAUAUUGCCAGAAUGUCAGACUCGGGCUCUGAGAAUUCUUCAGAUAGCUAUGAGCCUUCACCUGGAAGAGUUUCACUUGAUGGAUCACCUGAAUAUCAAAGAAAAGCACCAUCAAGUCCUAAAUCUCCUAUGAGUUCGCCGGCAUCUUCUCCAAGAGCUAAAACACCAUCCUCUCCACCAGCAUCACCAUUGUCUCCAAGAGAAGGAUCUCCUAAAUCACCUAGUGAACCUGCAUCACCGCAGUCACCUGCGGAUUAUAAUCCAAGAUCACCACAAUUACCAAGAUCUCCUAGCUCUCGCCAUAGUUCUGCCAAAUCUGGAAGUGUAUCUCCAAAGUCCUAUCGUUCUGGAAAUUCUAUGGAUUCUCCAAGAUCAGAUUGUAGUUCUCCUCCGCCAUCACCUGCUAAAGAUGCCGGUUCUUAUAGGUCUGGUCCAAGUUCUCCUAAAUCUCUGAGAGAUGAUCCAGCUACUCCUAAAUCCACAGCAUCUGAAGCUAGAUCACCUCGAUCAUUAAAAUCAGAUAGGAAUACUAGUUCAAGACACAGUUCUCCUAAAUCACCAUUGUCAGGAAGAAGUUCUCCUAAAUCUUUAGCAUCUGGACAAAGUUCACCGAAAUCAUUUAAAUCAGGUGCUCCUGAUGACAACGAAGAUGAUAAACAUUCAUUGAAAAAUAAAUCGAUGGGAAAAAGCAAUUCUUUUAAUGAUCUGGAUGGAGAACAAAUAUCAGAUGGUGAUAUUGAAGAUGAACCAGAGCCUGAAAUCAAAUCUAAACCUGCGCCAUUAACUCACGGAGAAGAUCUAUCAGAUGUUUCUGAUCUUGAUAGUAUGGAUGGAGUAGAAGAACCAGAACAAACACAUGAUCAAAGUAGUGAACGAGAAACAAAUUCCCACACUCGUGAAGAAGAGCAGAAAAUCGAUAAUGAAGAGAAAGUAUCUGUAAAUAUUGCUGAAGAAAGUGAACAGUUAGAUUUUGAAGCUGAAGGACAAUGGAAAGAUGAACGAGAGGAUGCAGAGUCUGAAGCAACAGUAAAAGAAUUUAAAGAGAAGGAAAAAGAUUCUAAGGAUGAAGAAAAAGAUAAAGACAAGGACAAAGAAAAGACUAAAGUUAGAGAAUCUGGUGAGAUUGUUGAAGAAAAUGGUGAAGAAGUUAAAGAGGAUGGUGAAAAAGCAGAAUCUGAACUUGAAGAAGGUGAGUUAAGUGAUGGAGAUGAUGCACGUCCAGAAGAAACUGAACCACGACCAGUUUGUCGUUUUUAUAAUCGAGGUCAGUGUACUUGGGGUGUCAGUUGUCGGUUUCUUCAUCCUGGUGUAACUGACAAAGGUAAUUAUACCAUGUUUGAUAUGGUAAGACCAAUGGCGUAUCCUCCACAUGGUCCACCACAUGAUUACCGACCUCAUAUUGAACGGCCUGCUAUAACACGGCCAGUGAACGCUUAUCCUGGACAUUCACAUCCUAAAGGUGAAGAAUUAGCACCAGAAUCUGCUUGGGAACGAGGACUACGUCAUGCUAAAGAGAUGAUGCGUAAAGCCAAUAAACGUAAGGAGUCAGACAUGGACUUUGAGGAGAAAAAGAUGAAUUUAAGUUUAGGACAAGAAGAUUUGGAUAGAGAAGCUGGUUAUUAUGUUAGGCCUAUGAGUCCUGAGCCACCAGUUGAAAGAUGGGUAAGAGAACCACCUCCAAGACGAGUACCACAUCCAAGAAUUACACCGGAUCAUUAUGAAGAACCUGAAGGAUAUCCAUAUCCACCAGCAGGACCACCAGAAUAUUAUCGAAGAGUUCAGUAUAAAGUGGAUCCACGUGCUCCACCAGAAUAUAGAGAACGUGUUGAACGUCAUGCAAUACCUCGAGCUACUCCUCAUUCAGACUCACCACCACCAAUUCGUGAGCAUGAUCGUGAACGUGAACGAGAAAGAGAACGCGAGUAUUAUGAAAAAUACGAGAAGAAACAUAAAAAGCCAUCUAGAGAAGUAAUAGUUGAAAGAAUUCCAGCGGCCAAACCUUGGCGAGAGGAAGAACCUCCACCAAUUGAACGCGGUCGUGGAGAUGAAUGGGCCGAUCCUUGGAUGAGACGUAAAUCACCGAGUGCUGUACGUCGUAAUGCAACGUCUACUAGAAGACCACGAAGACAAUCAUAUUCUUCAGGAUCAUCUUACACAAGUACCAGUUCCAGCCGUAGUUCAAGCCGUUCUAGCUACUCCUCUUAUGAUUCCCUCUCUAGGUCCCGAUCCCCAUCACCUUCAGUUCGUGCACGAACUCAUACCAAAGGAAAACACCCUCCAUCACCCCUUCCUCCCGCUAACUCAUCAUCAUCCCAAUCCCGUGGUCCUCUGCUGCUAAUGAAUCCACCUGCACCAUCACCUCGUGGAGCUAAGGGUUCUAUUUCACCAACUGGUACACUUCAUCGUCGUGCAGGACUUAACCCACCAGCACCAAGUCCUCUAACUCAAAGACAUCAUGAUAAAACGAGAGAUAAAGCUGCUUUAGCUGCUGCAGCUGUUGCCAAAGUUAUUAAGAGUCGUUCGCGAUCGAGGUCUUCUCAUAGUAGCUCAGGAUCAGAAAGUUCUGGAAGCAGUAGUGAUUCAAGUGAAUCUACUUACUCAUCAUCGUCAUCAGUUGAAGUACGACGAAAGAAAGGAGGAUCCCCAUCUCAUUCCCGUAAAGAUUCUUCAAAAAGUGUUGAGCCGAAGAUUAGUAAUUCAAAGCAACAGAUAAAAUUAGCAUUGAAGGCGCCAAACAAUGUAUCACCUGUAAAGAAAAUUGAUCGAAGUGCAACAAUAGCUGGUAAAAAACGACCAGCGGAAUCUCCUCCAGUAGAUGAUAAAGCUAUCGAUGCAGCAGCAGCUGCCAAGGCCGUAAAAAAAGCUAGUUCACGAAGGGAAGAAUUACUUAAACAACUUAAAGCUGUAGAGGACGCGAUCGCUCGUAAACGAUCUAAAGUUUAAAAUAACUUUUAAAAUAGAAACGAAGAUAGAUUAUCUUCAAACAACAGAUCUUCGACAUUAUCAUUUUUAACAAUUUCCACAGCUCUAUAUUUCCGAAUAUAAUAUGAGCAUAUAAACAGGGCAAAAUAUUUUGAUGGUAUACAUCAUCUGUCAUUUGUUUAAAUAAAAUAAUAUUUUGUUUUUAUUAAAAA